AUGGUGAGUUUAUAUGUUUGUAGUAAUGAGAUCAAGUUCGCUUGCAAGAUGUUACGGCAAAUGGUAUUCAAGAAUUUUAUCCAUUUCAAAGAUUUUCAAUGUUUGACCUUCGAGAAUGGUUCAUACUUUUUCAUUGGUGCUAAUUCUUCAGGAAAGACAAGUACAUUUGAAAUACUCAGAAGAUGCAUGUCAACUGAUAUCAACAAAUCGAUAUCAUCAUCAUAUGACGAAAAGGAAAAUGCUUAUGCUUUUUGUAAAUUUGAUGUACCAUCUGAUACAAAAAUAAGCAAAUUAAAAAAGAUAUCUAGCAUCUAUUCGGGAGUGGUAAAGAAAAAAGAUAAAGAAAUUGUCAAAAUAUUAUGCCUCAAAAAGCAUAAAUCGCAAUCGUCAGUUAUUAAAAUUAUCACUCAUAGUAUAGGUAAAAUUGACAAUCUUACAGUAAUAGAUGAGGUGACAACGAAUGCUGAAACAUCUAAAAGGCUAAUUAAGAUUCUGAUGAGCCUUUCAUCUACUUCAACUACAGACGAACAAACUUAUUUUGAACAAAACUUUAUACAAUGCGUUUUGGGAUCCAGAGAGAAACUGCCGUCAAUAACAGACGAGGAAAUACAAAGAAAUUGGACAGAAGGGGAUAUAACUGUUGGGAAAUUCAAACAGAAUUUGUCACGGAUGCAUUUCCUUGAAGAUAUAGAAUCAACUUAUGUUGCUACAAUGGCUAUGAGAGCCAUUGGUCCUCUGCAAUGGACGAGGAGUCACAAAAUUACUCGAAAGGAAGAUAAUUAUCUUGAGGCAUGUAAAAGAGCAGAAAUAAUAAAUGAACUAAUGACAUCUAAAGAGGUUGAUCAUGAUAAAGCGGAGAGCAUAUUCAAAUUUCUGACUCAUCCAUCUGAAUAUAAAUUUGAGUCAACACAAAAUCGGGGCAAUAUAUUCGUAAAAGAGAAAAAUUCUUCUAAAUUUCAUCUUCUGAAAACACCGGAGGGUAUCAUCGAAGCUAAACAGUUCUCACUAAUUAUGGCACAUAAGAAUUUCAACACAAUUUGCCUAGACGAGCCUGAUCGAUGCAUGCAUCCGCAGAUGGUUGAAAGGAUGCGGGAUAUCUUUCGAAGCGAAAGCAGUGAUAAAGUAGUAAUUGUAAUAUCUCACAACCCAUUCCUGAUAAACAGUAUAACGGCAGAGAAAACACACGUAUUCUUCCGAAAUAAAACCGAAAAAAACUCAGAUAAAGUUUCCUGUGGUAUUCAUGCAAUCUGUGAUAUAAACCGGCACAUAACGGAUGUUGAUAAUCUAAAGAAACUCAUUUUUGCAGCUAAAAUACUUUGUAUGGAAGGGACAGCAGACAAGAUUCUUCUUGAAGGUCUAUUUGACUAUAUUGUCAAGUCUACAGAUUUAGAUCGCUGUGUAAAACAAAGUAUCCUUAGCCAUCAAAUGGUAGUCCUUGGUUCUAAAACAUUCGAUUAUCCAGUCUGUGAAUUUUGUGAAAAGACAGGUUUGUCUGCAAAAUGGGUUUUUGAUCGUGACAAAUAUAUUAAGCUGAAGGAAAACAAAAUAGAUAAAAUAUACACAAAAGAUGGCGCUCUUGGCAACUACUCAAAAUUUAAGGAUAGAACAAUCGAUGAUUUUUUACAAGACGAAAAUGGCUUCCUGAAAUUAUCGAACAAAUUAUCAGAAAAAAGAAUUUUUAUUUGGAAAUCAGGAGAAUUAGAAGAUACGAUCAAAGAUUCUCUAGACCUAACACAACUCAAAGAAAUAUUCAAAACGGAUAACCCUGGCAAACCGAUCAUUAAAAAGAUGCUACCUAAACUAACAAGAGACGAAAUGCAAACACUUGCAGAGUACAUGUAUUGUAGUCAACAAUCGACAGACAUUAAGCGAUUUAUCACAUUUCUAGAAAGUGAAGAAAAGAUAUCGGCUACAAUGGCUAGUCAUUCGUGCAGUGAUACUGAUGAAAUAUAAUAGGUACAAAAACAUAUCGUAAAGAGAGAAAUAUAUAUCGUUGAAAAGGCAUUCGACGGUCUCGGUUAUGUCCCAUUGUGGAACAUUUGCACAAUCUAUUAGUAAAUAAGUAUCACACAAUAUAUACCUAACACACACACACACAAGCACAAAUACUUGUAUAAUACAUGUAUAUCUUUAAUCAUCAUCAAAGAAAGGACUUCAAAAUUGUGUUAAUAAAUUAUUUGAAAUUACAGUUGAUUGUAAAAUGACAUUUAACACCACAAAGACCAAGGUUCUUGUAUUUAACAAAUCAGGACGACAUAAAAAUAUUAAAAUAUCUUUAGGAAACCAGAUUUUAGAAUGUAUACAGAACUACACAUACUUAGGAAUAAAUUUUUCAGCAUCUGGCAGCAUCAAAAUAGGAAAGAAAGAACGUUAAAACAAAGGAAUGAAAGCUUAUUUCAAAUUCAGGAAGACCUUUUCAGUGGAAAGCCUAAAACCUAGUACUUUAUUACACAUUUAUAACCAUAUAAUCCGACCCGUCUUGUUGUAUGGAUCUGAAAUUUGGUGUUAUAUACCACAUAAGAAACAAAAACAUUUGGAUAACUUUAUAUCAAAAGAAACUGAUUAUCUUGUUUUAGAGAAAAUUCAUACUAAGCUUUGUAAAUGUUCACUUAAAUUUAAUAUAAAAAUAUCAAAUAUGGCAUGUAGAGGGGAACAAUAUACAGUCUGGCAAUAAAUUAAGAACUUACAGACAACUUGAAAAUAUUUUUAUGUUUGAAACAUAUUUAACAAUAAAUUCAAAAAAAAAAACAAGCAAAUAAUUACAAGAUUAAGAACUAGCUUUCAUGAUCUUGAAAUCGAAAGAGGGAGAUAUAUUGGUAUUAAAGCUGAGGACAGAAAGUGUAAGAUAUGUUAGAACUUAGUUGAAGACAAACUUCAUUUUCUUUUAAAAUGUCCUGUUCUAAAAGAUACUAGAUCUCAACAUCUGUCUAAUUUAAAUUCUAAAUUCAAACAAAUUUUCAGUUAUCUGAUGAAAUGAUAUUUGUUUGGAAUCUUUCAUCUGAAGAUUUGUUUGUUACUUCAAACUAAUCUAAUUAUUGCACUCCCUUUUUGAAGAACGAAAGAAACUCUUAGAAAAUAUCAAUGUAGUUUGAAAGAAUAGAAAGAAAAAAUAUAUAAUAAAAUCGAUCAGGAGUUGUCUCCCAUAGACCUAGGACUAUAAAAUUAUGGAAUUUCUCCAGGUCACAGUGGCUUUAUGUUUUUUUCAAUAACAUCGUUUAUAAUCAUGUUACUUUGUUUGAAUGUGUAUUCAUGUUUUAGUUCAAAUGUACUUUAAUCAUUCUAAUCAUUCUUAUCAUUUACUGUGCUUUUUUUUGUAAUUUAUUUGAUUGUGUAGCUCAAAUUUUGGGCACAUGAUUGGUUAAUAAAAAUUAUCUUGUA